AACUCAUUCCUUAGACAUUUGAAUGAAACUCGCACAGCCAUUACCCCGCCAAGCCCUUCAGAGCCUCCUACAAAGUGAUGGUCACCGGAUUAACUAUACUCUCUACGGCCACCUCAUCCAGCGCUGCACCGACCGCCGCCUUUCCCGCCAGGCUAAGCAGCUCCAUGCCCGCCUCAUUCUCUCCUCCACUACUGCCGACAACUUCCUUGCCUCAAAACUCAUCGCUUUCUACUCCAAGAUCCACCAGCUCACUUAUGCCCGUCGCGUGUUCGACCAAAUACCCUACAAGAAUACCUUCGCCUACAACGCCCUCCUUAUUGCGUACUCCGUACAUGGCCGUCACACUGAAACGUUGGAACUGUUCAGGACAAGUUUGUCUCGGAGGGAUGGUGAUUUGGUUGAUGUUAAUCCGGAUAGCUUUACUUUGAGCUGUGUGCUGAAGGCGAUGUCGGAGGUGGUGUUGGAUGGACCUCUUUCGGCUGGAAUGAUUCAUUGUUAUGUGAUUAAAAACGGGCUUGAUUUGGAUGUUUUUGUAGGCAAUGGGUUGGUGACUUAUUACUCGAGGUGUGAUGAUCUGGUGUCUGCGAGGUAUUUGUUCGAUGAAAUGCCUGACAGGGACUUGGUGUCUUGGAAUUCAAUGCUUUCAGGGUAUUCUCAAGGCGGUUUUUAUGAGGAGUGCAAGGAAUUGUACAGAAUGAUGUUGGGUUUGGAAGAUGUGAGGCCUGAUGGGGUUACAGCCGUGAGCGUUUUGCAUGCAUGUGCGCAAUCAACUGAUCUUGUCUUUGGCAUGGAGGUGCAUCAAUAUGUGAUGGAUAAUGGGAUUAAAAUGGAUCUCUCAGUUUGCAAUUCAAUUAUUGCUCUUUAUGCAAAAUGUGGUAGCUUGGACUAUGCCAGGGAGCUUUUCGAGGAGAUGACUGAGAAGGAUGAAAUAACUUAUAGCACAAUUGUGUCUGGUUACAUGGUCCAUGGAUUUAUUGAUGAUGCUAUGAAGAUAUUCGGGGAAAUGAAAAACCCAGGAAUGAGUACUUGGAAUGCUGUCAUUUCAGGUAGGGUUCAGAAUAACCAGUAUGAUAAGGUUUUAGAUUUAGUACGUCAGAUGCAAGCUUUUGGUUUCAAGCCUAACAGUGUCACUCUUUCUAGUAUUCUUCCAGCCAUUCCAUAUGUCUCGCAUUUAAAAGGAGGAAAAGAAAUUCAUGCUUAUGCAAUCAAAAUAAGUUGUGAUAGGAAUAUUUAUGUAGUUACUGCCAUGAUAGACACAUAUGCCAAACUGGGAUUCCUUGUUGGAGCACAAAGAGUAUUUAAUCUAACAAAGGAUAGGAGUGUGAUUGUUUGGACAGCAAUAAUCUCAGCAUAUGCAGCUCAUGGAGAUGCUAACAUGGCGCUUAGUCUAUUUGAUGAGAUGCUGAAUAGCAAAACAAAGCCAGAUGCUGUUACUUUUACCGCUGUAUUUGCAGCUUGUGCCCAUGCUGGUCUAGUUGAGGAAGCUUGGGAAGUAUUUAACUCAGUGUUGCCAAAGUAUGGGAUUCAACCUUUGCCUAAUCAUUAUGCUUGCAUUGUUGCAUGUCUGAGCCGAGCAGGGAAGCUUUCUGAGGCAGUGGAAUUUGUUAAGAAAAUGCCUACUGAACCUACUGCACAGGUUUGGGGUGCACUGCUCACUGGGGCUUCAGAAUCUGAUGAUGUUGAACUUGCAAAGUUUGUUUGUGAUCAUUUAUUUGAAUUGGAGCCCGAGAACCCAAGCAAUUACAUUGUUAUGGCAAAUCUCUAUUCGAAAGCUGGUAGGUGGGAAGAGGCAGAGAGGGUCAGAGAGAAAAUGAAUGCUAUUGGGUUUAAAAAAGUUGCUGGAAGUAGCAGAAUAGAAACUUCCGGAGGAUUAUUAAGUUUUAUAGCUGGAGGUGCUACAGAUGAAAAGACUAACAAAAUUCUAUGAUAUUCAAAAUGACCAAAAGUGAUGGAGAAACAAGGUAACUAACAAUUGAUGAAUUCGAGAGAAAAGUGCUUAUAAGUGAGCGUGGGAUUGACAGAAACAACAAUAUUCCAACUCAUGGGAGAGAUUGCAACUUCAGGAGCUAGAAUAAAGUUGAAGUGUGAUGGUCGCUGCUAGCGGGAUUUUUAUAGGAAUUCUCAUGACACCAACCAGACUGCACACAACUCAGCUUUAUGGAGACACUAAAGGAACGACUUAUUUUGAUUAAUCAUUAAUCUUGAACUCAGAGAUCCACACCAUGGACUUAGCUUCAUUGUCUGUGGUAAUUGAUACAUCCAUGAGGAACCUUGUCCAUUUCAUUUCAUUGGUUCUCACUUAUGAGAGUUGUUUGAAACUCGGGAUUCCACUAAUGCAAUAAUCCAGUUCCAUAUGCUUGAUUGUAAUUGAAUCUUAUGAUCCAAGAGUUUGGCUUAAGCCCUUCAUUGGCAUCUAAGUCUCCAAGAUGUGAACAACAAAGAGGGAUUGGAGAUGUUCACCUGACUCAUCGCCUUAUCAUGCUUCUACUUGGUUCAUUCUAACCAGACUAGAUCUAAGUUCAAGCAGUUAGAGCAUCGCUUGUGAGAAAUGUUGCUCUUACAUAAAUACUUCUCUAACUCAUUUGUAUAUGCUAGUGUUUCUUCUUCAACUUCAUUUCAUGUAGCUGCUCUUUGUUUGGCAUGUCCAACAUGUACUUAUGAUUCCACAGAUACCAUUGCUUUUGUUCUGCUGCCUUUUCUUGCAGAUACUGAAUUAAAAUCUCCUUAAUGCUCAGUAGAAGAUUAGCAUCAAAUCACCUAGGAUUCUCACAGCAAAGGCUAUAUCUUGUCUGUUUUACGCACAAAUGGGAUGGGAUAAAAGGUAUCAAAAUGCCUCAGAUUUUUCCUUUUCCUUCUUUCCAUGAUUCAUACUGGUCCCACAUAUGGCUUCAGCUUACUUGAAUCAAUACCGAUCCAUCUUGUCGAUGUUUGUCCUUCAUCUUCAAAGUUGCACCGCAACUUUUCUGCAUAGUCUUUCAUGAUGCAUCUAGAAAUGGUAAGUCCAUACUAUGCAUCAAUUAUAUGCCAACUAAUAUUUACAUAUUGCCAUGCUAAACUUUUGUGAGCUUAGGUGCAACUAUUCUAUGCAUUCACAUUUUUACCACAGCUCAACCCC